UAUGUAAAGUUUCCUUGCCUGUGUAAAACUUUUCUCGAAUCCACAUGUUUUCAUAGGAAGGAGAGCGAGAACGAGUUUUAUCUGUAGUGUAAUAGAAAUUAGAAGAAGUAAAGGCGGACAAGAGGACAAGCCUGGAAACAGAAUAGAACGAGAAGUCACGACUAAUGCACCUGGGCCGUGUGGUUUCAGCUCCACCAGCCAGUCACCAUACCUCCAGCAAACGGAACAAGGAGAGAGAUAACACGACAAUAGACAGGAGUAGAAAAGAGUUAAGUAGAGUCUCUACUCUAGAGUGGAAUGAGUGUGGCUGGUGUGUUGGGCUGACGAGAGAGGAGAAGAGCAAAGGGCGUACGAGUGACUGAAGUUGACCUGGGGACUGGCAGCGGCAACAGCAGCAGUGGAGGCACACCACGGUGAGUGCUACAGGUUACCUGUAGAUAGAUAGAGUUGAGUUGCGUUCACCUGUGUGUGCAAGGUUGCCUGUUUUGUUACCUUUAAACUCUCUCCCCGCAUUCUAUUCAGAGCUGAUUCUGACUGUGUAUGUGUUCGUUCAUGUAAGUGUCUUUCUACUCCCUGAACUGAUGUCGUCUACUUUACUCACAUUAGUGUCUCGUCUCCUUUCAGUGUUAUAUAUAUUUAAUAUAAUUAUACAUACUCUGCUCUACAACAUUAGUAUCAUCAUCAAUAUAGAGUUGACCGACGUUCAACUACACGGACAAUAAACUUAAACGUGAUAUUGUGGCAGAUGUGCAUUACACCCACUAGUCUUCUAUUUAAUCAACCUCUCAAGUCAAAUUUUAGACUUGUAAUCUCCAGGAUAAAAAAUUAUUAUAUUUUGAUGCUGUUGAUUCGCGCGUACAAACCUAAACAGUACUCAAAUGCGCUGACACUAAUAUCUUUACAAACAGGUUUCCGUAAAAGUGAAUUUAUUUUUAUUUAAUAAUUAGGUGUGUGCAUACGUGUUGUUGUCUCAACUUUUGACUGAAGAACAAUAUGGACAGGGAGUUGGAUAAAUGUGACAGUGACAAUUUGAAUGACGGUGAGGUCGAACGUAAAGGAGAAGUUGAGUUCCAUGACCUGAGCUAUCGCCGUAAUAUGGAUUAUUCUGUUGAUCCCGAUAGCGAGAGAGAUAUUGAACGCGAUCAAAACAAUCAUUCUGAUAUGUUAGAUGAGAAGGUUGAUUACAAAAUGGUAAGAGACUUCCGGAGUUUAGGACACCAUCGCAAUAUAGUUCAUUUACACAGUGGUAUUGAGCACUUGAAUAAUACUGAUGUUGAGGUAAAACUAGCAAGAGAUGUUAGAGGUUCUUUAGGCCUUGGGUUAUCGUUAGAAAUAUGUGUUGUUUGCGGCGACCGUGCAAGUGGUCGACAUUACGGUGCGAUAAGUUGUGAAGGAUGCAAAGGAUUUUUUAAACGGAGUAUUCGUAAACAACUGGGUUAUCAGUGUCGAGGAAGUAAAUCCUGCGAGGUCACUAAACAUCACAGAAAUCGUUGUCAAUACUGUCGACUUCAAAAAUGCUUGGCAAUGGGAAUGAGAAGUGACUCUUGGGGUGUUACAGCGGUACAGCAUGAGCGAAAACCAGUCCUAGGCGAAGCAGCAGCCACAAAAUUGAGUAAUCGGAGUGCAAGAGUUAAACCAGAGCCUCAACAAGCUGCACCCGAGACCGCUCCUAUUUGGGAACCACCAGAAAGUCCAAGUGCCGAAGACCAAAGUAGUGACAGUGAUUUGAGUGAUGCAUUGACACUGGCACGUGACCGUAUGCUUAUUUCACAUGCGCUCGAGGGAAUGGCUAAACUCAUUGGUGAUAGUGUAAAUGGAUCCGAUGAGCCAGAAGAGGAGUGGACUGGCCAGCUCUUAUUCGAGCGGCACACAGUCUUUGAAUUACGGGCACCUAGCCCAGCUCCAGCAUACUUAUCAAUACACUAUAUUUGUGAAAGCGCCGCGAGAUUAUUAUUUUUGUCCGUACACUGGGCACGAGGAAUCCCCGCUUUUCAAGCCCUCCCAUCGGAUGUUCAGACUUCCCUGGUACGGAGUUCAUGGGGUCAGUUGUUUACUUUAGGACUUGCACAAUGUGCAUACACUUUGUCACUACCCAGUAUUUUGACGUCAAUUAUCAAUCAUCUGCAGGCGAGUAUCGCGCAGGAAAAAAUAACAGCCAGCAAAGUAAAAUUGAUAACAGAACACAUAUGUAGACUACAAGAUUGUGUUAGUUCACUACAUAAAAUGCAGGUUGACUCAACGGAGUACGCCUACCUCAAGGCUUUAACGCUUUUCAGUUCAGAUAAUAUCCUGGCUGACGCUUGGCGUAAAAAGGUUGAAGUGCUGCAGGAGGCAGCAUGGACUGAGUUACAGCAACGUAUAGGAUCAGAUCGACUACCUCGACUAUUGAUGAAACUAGCUCCGCUUCGUGCUAUAAACCCACGUGUUUUAGAAGAUUUAUUUUUCGCGGGUCUUAUUGGCAGAGUUAGCGUAGCUAGUGUGGUGCCUUAUAUACUUGGUAUGCAGGAUUGUAAAACAGAAUCAAAUGCCCAAAUGGUAUGACAAUUAUUAUUUGUGCAUCGCCAAUCGUUACCUAAGAGUAAGGAUUAAUUGUUAUUACAUUUAAUAAUCGAGGAUUUAUUUUAUACACUAAAUUUACUUUAUGAGUAUUUUUAUUUUUUUUUUUAAAUUAUCUGAAGGCUUUGUUGAUGAGUUAAUAAGUAGACUUAAAUAAUAACGAUUUUUCCAAAUUCACUGAGAGACUUAAUUAGAUUUUAAAUUAUUAUCAUCAUUGUAAUAAAAUUGUUGACGAAUUGUUGACUUUAUUAUUAGUAAUUUAAUAAAUAUAUUUCAUAUUUUUUAAAAUUAUAAUUGAUAUACACAGUGUUGUUGCUCAAUGUGUAUUCAUUAAAAGUUGUUCAAUCUUUUAUAUGUGUAUAUAUGAGCAUUAAAAAAUAUUUUGAUAAAUAGUUGAAGAAAAUUUUUUUGAUAAUGUCUAAUUUUAAAAAUGCAUUUGGAUUGUGUUUAAUGAUAAUCCUAACAAUAACUAUAAUGAUAAGAAUUUAAACUUCGAUGUAAGUAUUUUAGAGUGUAAAAAAUAUAUAUAGUGAUAUAUAUUUUUUUGGUGGAAAAUGAAAAGAAAAUAAGUAUAUAUGUUAGAGAGUAAAGUUAAAUUUAUUUAGUGUUGUACCUGUUGAAUUUAAUUUUGUUUCAUUAUUAUAAUACUUAUACGUCAUUUAAUAUUAUUAUUAUUAUUACAUUACCUAAUAUUUCUCAUGUUAUACCCGAGAGAAUUUUCCGCGAGAAAGGAAUUGAACGUUCUUUUUUUUAAUACUUCCUUGUAAGUUAUUAUUAUAAGAUAAAAUAAUUGGACAAGCAAUACGUACAUAAUAAUUAGGCAAGCAUCUAGACAUGUUUAUAACUCAUUUAAUUAUAGUCAAGUGAUAAUUUAAAUUCUAUUGAAUUUCGAGAAUGCCAAAUUUUAGACAAAAUUAUAAUUAAUAAUCAUUUCAUUAACACUGAAAAUCUUUUUACUUUAAUUAAAAUCAUGUCCAAUUAUAAUAAAUAUAAAUAUUAAUUUGUUUCUUUACAUAAAUAUAAAUUAACAAAAUAAUUAUAACUGUGAAUAACUUGAUGUAAUGAACUAAUAUGUAAAGAUUGUACAUGGUAUUUAUAUGUACAUUUUUUUUUUUCAUCAAUUAAUGUAUAUUAUCAUUUAAUAAUUUAGAAUUUACUUUAAUUACUAAGAUAUAAUUAUUGGUCGACAUAAUUUAAAUGUAUAAUGAUGAAGGUGAUACGUUUCUCUUCCUUUGCUCCAGAUAUAUUUAACUAUCAAGUGUAAGACUUUAGUUACAAAUUGUUAUUGUUGUUAUGUGGAUGAUAAUAUUGUAAGUAAAUCUAACUGAAGGUUGAAAUAACUAAUUACGGUCAAGGUAUUAAAAAAAUGAUUAAAUAUUGAUAACUAUGUACAGAAAAUUAUUAAAAAAAAAAAAUUGUGCCUACUAAAAGUUUAAUCAAUUAUUUAUAAUAAUAAUUAUUAAAUGUGAUUAAAUUUUGUAAUUAUCCAAUUACAAGUUAUUGAAUAAAACCUGAAUUGAAAAAUUAAA